ACAGGUGCCGCGGCGAGGUUGCGCGGCGCGGCCGCUAGAUGGCUCGCGGGGCGGGCGGGAGCGGCGGAGCAGGAACCAGCGCCCGCCAGUCGGCCGAGUGACGCGAGGUGCACAAGAUGGCCGCCGCGCCGCUGUGAGCUCCUCGAGCCAGGCUUCUCCGCGCCACGAACCAGGCCUCGCCUUCCUCAGCCAUGUACCGCACCAACCUGUACGAGAGCACGUGCUUCAGGUGCAACCAGACGGUGUACCAGGUGGACCGCGUGGGCCCGCUCAAAGACUUCACGUUCUUCCACAGCGGCUGCUUCAAGUGCGCCGUGUGCGGCACCAAGCUGACGCUGAAGACGUACUACAACAACCAGCACCGCCAGGAGGACAAGGAGGUGUACUGCAGCAGCCACGUGCCCAAGAUAGGCCCCGGACACCUGGACGGCUCGGCGGUCGGCAUACGCUCGGCGCUGAACGUGCCGCGCUCCGCCAACAUGGUGAACGAGCAGAUCCGCGGCGGCGGCAAGGGGGGCACCUUCGACGCCGAGGCGCUCAGCAUCCGGCCGCACCUGAACGGCCACUACAGCAGCCAGCACGACGCCGCCUACCAGUACGGGCGCUUCGACGCCAGCGCGCUGCACAUCGCGCACGCCCUGCGCGCCACCGAGAUCCAGCGCGCCUACAACAAGGUGCGCGAGAAGCCCAUCGACUACUACCUGGACAAGGACGAGCAGACGCAGCUAGAGAUGAAGCACCGCAAGGAAGAGGACGACCUCUACCGCAAGUUCGCGCGCCAGAGGGAAGAAGAAGACAAACGCAUGCGGGAGGAGAUCCGGGACGAGUGGGAGAAGGAGCUGGAGCGGCUAGCGGUGCGCUUCGAGCGCGAGCUACUGACCAAGAAGAAGCGGCCGGACGAGCAGAAGGUGAUGACACUGAGGCACCAGCAGGAGCGCGAGGACCUGGAGAAGAACAUGACCUUGCGCCGCGACAAGAAGAAAGAGUCGCUCACCAGGAAGCUGCUAGAGCAUGAGAGGGCCGCGACGGCGGCGCUGGUCGAGAAGCAGAGCCGCGAGAUGCUGGAGCUCAUCAACGAGAAGCGCAGCGAGUACAUGAUGGCGGAGAGCCUGUACCUGGACGACACGGACGCCUACAGCCAGGACGUGCUGCCGUACCCCAGCCAGGCGCCCCUGCCGGCGCCUCCAGCUCUCUCCAAGUUCCACGUCUACAGCGACCCCAUAGAGUUCUCCGACAUCGACCAGAUCGCCAUCUCGGUAGCCCAAGAGGAUCAGAAGACGUUCACAGACCUCGUGCGCCAGCUGGUUGGUCGCUGCACGUCCGACAUAGAGAAGGCUAGGACAAUAUUCCGGUGGAUCACUGUGAAGAACCUCAACACAAUGCAGUUUGACGACAACCUCAGAGGAGACACUCCCAUGGGGCUUCUGAGAGGCAUUAAGCAUGGCACAGAAAGCUACCAUGUCCUCUUCAAGCGUCUGUGCAGCUACGCCGGCCUGCACUGCGUGGUCAUCAAGGGCUACUCCAAGUCCGCCGGCUACCAGCCGGGCGUGCAGUUCGAGGACAACCGCUUCCGCAACUCGUGGAACGCCGUGUACGUGGCGGGCGCCUGGAGGUUCGUCCAGUGCAACUGGGGCGCGCGCCACCUCGUCAACGCCAAGGAGGUGCCCAAGGCGGGCAAGGGCAAGUCCGACAGUCUCCGGUACGAGUACGACGACCACUACUUCCUGACGGACCCGCGCGAAUUCAUCUACGAGUUCUUCCCGCUGCAGUCGGAGUGGCAGCUGCUCAAGUCGCCCAUCACGCUGCAGGACUUCGAGGAGCUGCCCUUCGUGCGCUCGCUCUUCUUCCGCUACGGCCUGUACUUCCCCGACACCAACACCAAGGCCGUCAUGUACACGGACGCCACAGGCGCUGCGACUGUCCGGAUAGCCAUGCCCUCACACAUGCAGUCCAGCCUCAUCUUCCACUACAACCUCAAGUUCUACGACAGCGAGGGAGACAGCUUCGACGGCGUCAGUCUCAAGCGGUUUGUCAUGCAGUCCGUGGUCGGCAACAUCGUGGCGUUCCGCGUGCACGCCCCGUGCAGCGGAGCCUUCCUGCUCGACAUCUUCGCGAACGCUGUGACGCCCCAGGAGUACCUGACGGGAGAGCCCAUGAAGUUCAAGAGCGUGUGCAAGUUCAAGAUAGCGUGCGAGGAGCUGCAGACAGUGAUGGUGCCGCUGCCCGACUGCGCGAGUGGCGAGUGGGGCCCCACUAAAGCCACGCGCCUCUUCGGCCUUGUGCCCAUCACGCACCAGGACGCGCUGGUGUUCGCCGGCCGAGAGCUGGAGCUGCAGUUCCGCAUGUCGCGGCCGCUCACCGACUUCAUGGCCACGCUCCACAAGAACGGCGUCGAGGAGAAGCGGCUGUCCAAGUUCGUGACGCACUCGCUGGACGACGACGUAGUCACCUUCCUCAUCAGCUUCCCCGAGGAGGGCCAGUACGGCCUGGACGUGUACACGCGGGAGACGGGCGGUCCGCACGCCGAGAAGCACCUGCUCACGCACUGCUGCAAGUACCUCAUCAACUCCUCCAAGAGGAACUGAGCCCAGGGCACGGCGGCCUGUUCGCGUCCCUGCCAGUUCUUCUCGGCCCGGCUGGGUGCUGGCUGGAUCGGCGUGGUUCGUGUUUCAGUCAACUCACGAUCGUUAGCAAAAAAAAAAAAAAAAAAAAAAGCAAGAAAAGCUGAUAGAGAGGUAAACAAAACGACCGCCGUAUCGGUACGUGAAAUAACAGAAUUAAACCAUUUCACGUGAGAUGCGCACUUCUCUAAUCUCUGGCCUUGUACCUACAGUUCUAGACCUGAUCCCAUAAAGCGAGCUGGGCGUGUUGGGUGGUCGCCAUGACAAUAGUGGCACCCGGGUGGCUGGAAACAGCAUCGGGUUCACGUAUAUACCGGAGCUGUUCUCUCACAGACUACCUGCUGCCUGAACCAGUCGCGCAGUCUAUAACUUCAGCAAUCAGUGCUUCAUCAGCUGGACCCUUAAGUUGCCACUUACGGUGUGUUACAUUAAUGGAACCACGCGUUAUUUAACAAUAUGAAAACAAAACUAAAGUUGCUCUGGUAAUUUAACAUGAAUUAACAGAAAACUUUAUGAGCAUGACCAGCUUUCACGAAACAAACAAAAAUCACUCACAUAAAAAUAUGCUAAUGGAGUUUAUAAAAGUAAAUAAUUAAUAACACAAUUGUUAGAGCUGGUUUUAUAAACUGACAAAAAUUAUUGGUGUUAAAUGCCUUGAAAAUUAAUUUUAUACUCAAUUAAUUUUUCAUUGAUAUAUGUACUACCUACAUAAUUCAAAACUGUAACUUACCAAAAAAAACCUUAGGAAAUUUUUUUAGUCAUGUACAUACAUCUUAAAGCAAUACAUUUGUUGCCUAUGGCCUAUAUUGAUUUUUUUUAACUCAAGAAAAACUGUAUGUUUGUAAAUUAUUAUUGUGACUUGUAAAUGUUCAGUGCCUUACCUGAAAGUUUUACAGUGUUUGUUAUACUGGUCCAGGACAUUUUGACCAGCUUUGACUUUUGCAAUUGAUGGGUAACAAUUAGUACAUACCUAAUGUAACAUCACACCCAGCUAAUACAAUUCGAUGUGACACAUUUACAAUUUAACCACUAUUUGGACUGCAAACAAUUUUUUUUUUAAUUUCCUGGGAUUUGAUCCCUCAACAAUUUGGAUAGCAUUCUUAUAUCAUAAAUGAGCUAACCUUCAUUAUUUUUCCCAUAGUAUAAAUGUAGAAUGCUGGACCAGUCAAAAAUAAUGCAAAAUGAAAGAAUACUACGGUUUUACAUGACACAAUUAUUUAUGAAUGGAAGCAGGAAAACACUAAAUUCAUUCAAUAAUACAAACUAAAAAAAAUGUAGAUAUACACUUGCAUACAGUUCUGCCAAAUAUGAGAACAAGGCAAGUAAUUUUUUUUUAUUUAUAAAGAAUCCUCAUAAAUAUCCUUAAUAUUUACAUCACAAACUUGUAUUUGCAUUAUUACAAGAAAAUUUAAUUCCUCAUAAUUAAUAAUAUUUAUUUUUAUUAAAUAUUUUAUUUUAGAUUCACUAAACUCUUAGAUAAAUUUCACUGGCUAGAUAUAGUUUUUUGAGAAUACACAGCUAUAUUCCUAUGGAAGUCCUUGCUUGUAGUCAAAUCUGAAAAAUAUCUGCAGCCUCUUAGCUUAUUGUUAUUCCCAUCACACUGUUGGGUUCGAAAGGAGAAUGAAUGCAAAGUGGAGCACAUGUAAAAUAAUUAGCACGAAAAAACGAAAUAAAUAUAUCAUUGCUAGAGACAAUUUUAUUUUACAGUGCACAAUUGUGAUAGUAUAUUAAUUAAAACUCUUAAUUAUUUUUACACCACUAAUGGACUCAUUUCAUUAGAGCACCAUAUAUUUUAGACCAGUGAAAAUGCACAGUUACUGAUUAUUAUUACUGAUUAUAGCUCAACAAACAUUCCAGUAUGCCUACAAAUUUCAAGAGCUAUUAAUUUUGCCGAGUUAAUUCAAAUAAUUAUGUAUAUAACAUUUUUAAAAAUAACUUUUGAAUUAUUUACACAUAAAACAUUAUUUUUAACGGUUUUCCUUAUCAAACCACAAUUUUUAAUUUUACAGUUCUAACCGAUACAUAUGUAAAUAGUUUGUUAAAUAGUGUAAUUUGUACCUUAACCUUAUUAGGCACUAAGUUAUGUACUAUAGACAAUUAAUCAGAGUGUAAUAACUUUGUUAUAGAUUUCAAAAAAUGAUAUAAUAUAUCAUAUCGAUAUAAAGUUUGUGAUUACUUCUGUGCCUAAGUGUAUGAGUAAAUUUUAUAUCAACAUAUUUGUGUCCUUGUAGGUCAACUUACUGAUCAGCUGUACAAACUUUCAUUUCCUGGACUGUUAUUUUCUUGUGUUCACAUGCUGUUUUAUACUGUUGUACAUUGUUAAAGAAAUGUUUUCUUUCUGUUGUAACUUGUUGC